AUGCAAUUCACGACUUUCGCCCUUUCCGCCCUUAGCAUCGGCUCAGCCCUUGCUCAAGGAAAUGCCGGUGUCACCGUCCAUGUCGUCCGCGUCGGAUCGAUGAACGGCUCCCUAGCAUACUACCCCAACAACAUCAAGGCUGCAGUAGGAGAUAUGGUUCAGUUCCAAUUUGCGCCAAACAACCACACCGUCACACAAUCCACUUUCGACGUACCAUGCCAGCCGAUCGCCGCAAACUCCAACGUCACAGGUAUCUACUCCGGCUUCAUGCCCGUAUCAGCCAGCUCGACCACCACCCCAACAUACACCAUUAUGGUUAGAAACCAAAACCCAAUGUGGUUGUACUGCUCGCAAGGAAAGCAUUGCCAGAACGGAAUGACCAUGGUUAUCAACGAGAACACCGCCGCAAACUCCACACGUACACUCGCCGGCUACCAAGCUCUUGCCGCGAAGUCCACCGUCAACCUCCCCGGCAGCUCCAUCUCAGGAGGCUCCUCCAACACCACCACAGGCACUGGAUCCGGGUCAGGAACUGGCUCUGGCUCCGGCUCUGGAACCGAGACCGGCUCUCCAUCAGGCACUUCCGCACCACAGGCCACAGCCACAGGCUCAGCUGCUCAGAACGUCCGCGCUGGCGAUGCUAUGGGUCUUGGUGCUCUGUUCGCCGUUGCCCUCGCGCUGUUCUUGUAG